AUGAGCCAAGUGCUCCCCCACGAGGCUAAAAUCAGUAAGGAGGCCAAAGAAGCCAUGCAGGAGUGCGCCACCGAGUUUAUUUCGUUCGUUACUAGCGAAGCCGCAGAAAUAGGGGACUCCCAAAAGAGGAAAACUAUAGCCGGCAACGAUGUGCUCGAGGCGAUAGAUGUGCUUGGUUUCGAGCAUUAUGCAAAAGCUCUAAAGCCGUACCUCAACAGAUACUACGAGAGGUCAAAGGUCAAGACGCAGAUGGACCAAGCGCCGAAGGGUUCAAUAAGUGCGAGCGACGUUCAGCAGUCGCCAGCCUCGUGA